AUGCCGUUUUGCAACACCAGCACCCUCUUCCAUGAUCUCCGAUUGAUGACGGAAAUGCCCGAUCUAUGUGACGUCAAGUUUAUUGUUGGCAAAGACAAAGUUCCGAUUUACGGAGUGAAAUCCGUCAUGGCUACUAGAAGCAGAUUUUUGUACCAAAGUAUCCUUGCAAAGGAGAAAGAGCUCACGGGAUCGACAAAGCAAACCAAACUGAAGCUUGUCUUGUUGCCCAAACUGAAACAAUUUAGAAAGAAGAAAUUCUUGUCGUCAGAGAAAAGACAAGCAUCGCCUGGACUCCUCACUAUACAUUUACCGGGAGAAAAUCCAGCUAUUUUCCGUGACAUCAUCCAAUUUGUGCACAGUGGGCGAAUCAGCGCCAGUGUGCACAAUAUUGUUGACGUGAUGGUCACAGCUGACAAUUACGGUCUCACAGAACUCUGCUCCUCCUGUUUUCACUUCGCCACCAGCUUUAUCAACCUUGAUACCAUCCUUCCUCUCCUCACCUCAACUUUGAGGUUUCUAAAAAAUAAGUGGAUAAAACGCCUGUUGAUUAAGAUCUGGGAUUUUGUCGACGAAAAUGCUGGCCUAAUUUUCCAAACUUCGGGGUUCGAGAAAAUUCCCAAAGAAUCAGCAAUGUUGAUAUUAUCACGUCCAAAACUCAGCGUCACAGAAGCGGAGAUUCGGAAAACAGUAUCUGAUAGGAGCAGACGACAGUGUCACGUGACAGACAAAGAGACGUUUGACAGUUUGGAGUCAAGUUGA